CUACAGAUUAAGUCAUUCGGCCAUGCCUUUUCAUCUUUACCUCCAUGCUGAUGCGACUUCUACCUACUGGACCAUACAUCUUCAUCUCUACCACCAUUACUAUCAGAUCUCGAAUUUCAGUUUAGAUAUUGCACCACACCAAAUUUUCGUCGAUUUCAAAAUUCCUCACUUCUUCUGCUUUCUGGUUUACGAUUUCAAGUUUCAAGCCUUCAAAACAGCAAGUGUAUACGAUUUCUGGAACAAGAAGAUACCAAAAUUCUGAUGCUAAAAAUUAAUUUGUGUUUUUCUUUAAGUUCACAAAGGUCUCCUGUUAUACCCUAAUCUAGUAAUCAUUUUUUUUUCAGAAUCUCUAUGAUGUCUGGUAUUGAAUCCAAUAUUGAAGAUGAGAUGGCCGGGGAGGAUGUAGAGGUGGUCGAUCUUGAAAGCAACAACAAUGAAGAACAAAACAAUUUACAACCACAAGUUAAACGAAGAGCGACCAAAAAAAGAGCAAAUGUUUGGCGUCAAUUCGAUGAUUUCAUAGAUGAUACUGGUGUUGAAAAGAGCAAAUGCAAACAUUGUGGCACCGCAUACUCUACUUCGACAGCAAAUGGUACAAGUACUGUUCGAACUCAUUUAGGAAAAUGUGUUAUUUAUCAGGCAAAAUUGAGCAGUGAUCAAACACAAAUUGCAUUUCAAAGUGUUGGUGAUGAAAAAAAAUGCUGGCAUGGAAAUUUAACCAACAGGGAUGCAUUGGCUCACAUGAUCAUUGUAGAUGAGCUCCCUUUUAAUUUUGUGGAGGGUAAAGGAUUUAGGUAUUAUUCGACUGUGUCUCAACCACUGUUUCAUAUUCCAUGUAGAGCUACUGUCACUAAGGAUGUGUAUCAGAUGUUCCUUGAUAAAAAGAAAGAAGUUCAUGAUAUACUUAAAACAAACAUAGGUAGGAUAUGUCUCACUACUGAUGGUUGGACUUCAAUGCAAAAAAUAAGUUAUAUGAGUCUUACUGCUCACUUUAUUGAUAAUGAAUGGAAGUUAAGGAAAAAAGUAUUAAACUUUUCCCUCUUAGCAAGUCACCGAGGGGUUGAGAUUGGGAAAGCAAUAGAGACCCAUUUGUUGGAAUGGGGAAUUGAUAAUGUUUUGACAAUCUCUGUUGACAAUGCUAGUUCUAACGAUGUCGCGAUUGACUACUUGAAAAAAAUAUUUGCGAAUUGGGACAAGUGUGUCUUGAAAGGAAAAUGUACUCACAUACGAUGUGUAGCCCACAUUUUAAAUUUAGUUGUGCAUGAUGACAUUGGCUUUGUAAGUCAAUCGGUUAACAAUGUUAGAGGUGCUGUUAAGUGGGUUCGGUAAUCUUCAUCAAGAAUAGAUCAUUUCAAAAAAAUAUGCAGAAAUGGACAAAUGUGGUAGAACGAAAAGUUUGGUAUUAGAUGUCCCAACAAGGUGGAAUUCCACCUAUUUGAUGUUAGAAACAACGUGUUUGUAUGAAAGGGCUUUUAAUAGAUAUGAUCGUGAGGAUGUGCAUUUUGGUGAUGAUCUUCAAAAGGUGGGAUUAAGAGUGCCGACAACACUUGAUUGGGAAAAUGCAAGAAAGUUAGCUCGGUUUCUAAAACAGUUUUACGAAGUUACUUUAAAGGUAUCCGAGACACUUUAUGUGACAUCACACACUCUUAUCGAUGAUAUAGUCACAAUUCUUGUGUUAUUGAAAGAUUGUAUCACUGAUACUAAUGAUGAGGGUCUUUCUAAGAUGGCAAAAAUAAUGAAAGACAAAUUUGACAAGUACUUUGGCGAUAUAAAAAAAAACGAACAUGUUAUUAUAUAUUGCUUCGGUUCUUGAUCCAAGGAACAAACUUUUUUACAUGAGUAUAUUACUUAAUGAUGUAUAUGGCCAAGUGGAGGGGGAGAAAAUGAAAAAAGUUGUAGAGGAUGCUCUCGAAGAAUUAUAUCAUGAAUAUGUGAGAAUUCAUGAUCAAAGUUCUUCAACCACAUCUUCUACUUCUUCAUCAGUCUUGGGGACGCGUUCUGCAUAUGAUGAUACAAGUUCAAAAUCCACCAUAAGAAAUAAAUUGAGGGAGAAGUUGAAAAUGGAAAUGAGUGGAACAAUGGAUUCCAAGAGCGAGUUAGAGAAGUUUUUGAAAGAAGAUUUUGAAGAAGAUUCCGAUAAGUUUGAUAUCCUGUUAUGGUGGAAGGUAAAUAGUCCACAAUUUCCCAUAUUAUCUUUGAUGGCUAGAGACUUGUUGGCAAUUCCCGUCUCACCAGUGGCUUCUGAAUCAGUGUUUAGUACAAGUGGGAGAGUAUUAGACCCAUUUAGGAGUUCUUUAACUUCUACUAUUGUUGAAGCCUUAAUAUGUACUCAAGAUUGGUUGCGUAUAAGUUCAAAACAAGAAGUUGAGGAAGAUUGGGAACAAAUACAAGAAAUUGAUGAAUGUACUUUUGCAUAUAUUUUUUUAGUUUAAACUUAUAAUCUUGCAUUAUUAACUUUUUCUUUAUUGAUUGUAGAACUAAAAAAAUGCAGUGUCUCUAAAAAAGUUCAAAGAUGAUCGGAAUGAAGGCGCAAAUGUGCAAUGUAUAAGGAUUACAGGUUUUUGCCAUUGGCUCACUACAUGUUUUGGUGCUUAACUGGAGUGAAAUGCAAAAGGAACCAUAAGCGGGACUGGGAGGAAGCGAUUACUCGAACCAACUCAGGCCUGUCUAACUUCCUGGAUGAUAAAGACAAGGACCAUAGAAAAACAAUGAGAUUAAGCUUCUUAAGAAGCAUUCGAGAGUACCUGGUAAGAAAUAAAGAACUUAUUUUGUAA